AUGGACACUAGCAGUGGCAGCCACAAGCACAGGGACACUAGCAGUGGCAGCCACAAGCACAGGGACACUAGCAGUGACAACCACAAGCACAGGGACACUAGCAGUGACAACCACAAGCACAGGGACACUAGCAGUGACAACCACAAGCACUGGGACACUAGCCGUGACAACCACAAGCACAGGGACACUAGCAGUGACAACCACAAGCACUGGGACACUAGCAGUGGCAACCACAAGCACUGGGACACUAGCAGUGACAACCACAAGCACAGGGACACUAGCAGUGACAACCACAAGCACAGGGACACUAGCAGUGACAACCACAAGCACAGGGACACUAGCAGUGACAACCACAAGCACAGGGACACUAGCAGUGACAACCACAAGCACAGGGACACUAGCAGUGACAACCACAAGCACUGGGACACUAGCAGUGAAAACCACAAGCACUGGGACACUAGCAGUGACAACCACAAGCACAGCUACACUAGCAGUGACAACCACAAGCACUGGGACACUAGCAGUGACAACCACAAGCACUGGGACACUAGCAGUGGCAACCACAAGCACAGCUACACUAGCAGUGACAACCACAAGCACAGCUACACUAGCAGUGACAACCACUGGUAA